ACGCUACCAUUGCACGAGUCCUUUACUAAUGUCUACAGUUAUUAUUGGUUGACAAGCACCAUCGUCGACGGCAAACCCCGGCUGAUCAUUUCUCCCAAUGAAGGAAUCGCGCCCUUGCCUUUGCCGGAGUGGCUGUCCACCCCUUACAUUGUCCCCGUACCCCAUCAAGACUUCACGUACAAACCGGAAACUAGCAAAGAUAUAUGCAAAAAUCCAACCAUCACCAGUGGCCAUGUAGUCUUGGAUUCGGACCAAAGAAGGUCGGACAUCUUAUAGAUGACCUCGCAUCGGAAUUCUUCGUCAAGCCGUAUGACAUAACCGGGCAGAUUUCGUUACGGGUAGCCACCACGAGCGUCCGCACAAAACAUUCGAUCGACAAAAAGCCCUAGUUUCGGGACGAUUGCGCGUUUCUUCUUGUCAAAGAAUGCGAUUUACAUGCGUUUCAACGUGUUGUUUCGAAUGUAAAUCCUUUCUAUCUGAUCCCCGAUCUUCCUGGGCAGGUCGACAUAUUAGACCCGUUGUCAAUCUCUCGAUUCUGCGACAUCGAGCGGACAAUGCAAACGAAUCACUUGAUAGUAUACAAGCAUGGCUCCUCGACACAACUCAUUGUUGGACGUCUCGUUAAAUUGACCAGACAUUCUCCUCGGGGCUGGUUCGACGGCGACAGCAGGAACAAUCUGGAGGAUGAGAUGGAUGAAAAUGAAUGGAUGGGGGUAGUUGACUGGACUGGGCUUCCAUUCUCUAGUCCUGGUGAUAGUGGCAGUCUUAUUUUCGCGAUUGAGGACGGCAUAUACGUUCCUCUUAGAAUUCACGUUGGGGCGUUCAUAUUUCAUAUCAAUCGAAACAUUUUGUUAUGCAGCCGAAGUUGAAGGGUGGGAGGUGCGUUUUGCUUGCUCUUGAUAUGUCUCAAUCUGACCCUCAAAGAGACGGCAUUCUGGAGCUGUUUCUUCUCUUCUAGGCGGUGGCACCCCUGCCUUGAUGAGAGCCUUGCGGACCUGCCUCUGGUGGCGUCAUUGUCUGCAUACAAUUAAUAGAUGUCUUGCCGUUCCCUGUGGAGCGUGGCAGCUCUGACA